AUGGAAUACGGGGUUAAAGGUCACGUGUACGUAGGCGGGGCAAGUUAUGCGCAUGCGUGUAUAAGUUAUACCAUGAUGAGCCUGCUGGACUGCAUCUGCUGUCCGGAACAUGUUUAUCGGACAGCUGUAGUUUCGGACGACCUGAAAAUUUCCUCUGCAGAGACGUAUGGGUUCAUGAUGGAAAGAGCUUCCAUUUUGGCAUGCUACCUGCGCAAAAUAUUCGAUGAAAUUUCCGGACAACGUGAUGAGAAGGCUGCACAACCGGACAGGGUUGUUGCAAUUUUGUCCGAAAGUUGCUCCGAAGCAUUGUCAGCCAUCGUGGGGAUCCUAGCUGUCCCAGCAUCCUUUAUGCCUCUCAGCUGUGGUAAAGGUGAUGUUACAAGAGAGACGGAAGAGAGGCUGAGGCAACGUGGGGCCCAAAUGGCUCUAGUUCACCACUCUUGUGCUCAGGAUUUCUUCUCAGCCGAAUGGUCAGAUGGUUGUGUGACGGUCGGUACCACAACACUUCAGUUGGGAUUCAUCUGUGUCAUAUAUAGCAAUCGCCCUCUUCCGUCCACCUCUGUACACCCCUUCCCUUCCCUCUCCCCCGUACCCACUCGCCUCUCCCCACCCACAGAGAUGCGGGGUGAGUGUAGUACCCCACCCCUCCCUCCCUGUGUCUCCUUCCCCCGUGACUCAAUGACCUCCUACCACUCUGACACCCACCACCAGCUGGCACGGUGCAUCGUGUGCAGCAAACCCCUCCCUCCCUGUGUCUCCUUCCCCCGUGACUCAAUGACCUCCUACCACUCUGACACCCACCACCAGCUGGCACGGUGCAUCGUGUGCAGCAGACACUCGGCUAAAUAUACCAGCAACGACAACAAUAGCCAGUUGGAAGAUGAAGAUGGUGGAACAUCAGAAACACACAGAAAAUGGAGUUUCCCAUCCCUCUCACCCACGGCUGUUGCCUAUAUUGUGCAUACAUCUGGGACUACAGGCCCCCCUAAGCCAGUCUCUGUUCCCCACUGCUCUAUAGUACCCAACAUCCUCGACCUGACUCGGCGUUUCUCCGUCUCUCCCAACGACACUGUAUUUAAUGCUGCCCCUCUCACCUUUGACCCCUCAAUAGUUGAGAUCUUUCUGGCUCUCUACAAUGGAGCCACUCUCCUGACAGUCAGCAGUCGAGUAAAGAGAUCUCCGCAUGGACUGGCCGAUGCUCUUCUCCGUCGGAACCCGGCCACCGUGCUACAAAUUACUCCCUCCCUGUUUCGUCGUCUGCCAGAGAGAGAGGUGGGAGACAGACUCCUGGGGGAUCGGUCAUCUGUCAGGACCCUGGCUCUCGGCGGAGAACAGUUCCCAUCUCUCAAACUGCUCUCCAGCCUCAAGUCACCCUCUAAUUCGACACUCAUCUUCAAUAUAUACGGAACAACUGAGGUAUCGUCGUGGUCCACUUGCCAUCGUGUGACUGAGACACGCCUCCAGCGAGCCAGGGAAGAGGAAGAAGAGGGAGGAGAGGAGAAGAGAGAAAACAAGAACAGAGUGCCACUCGGGGACGCAAUGCUGGGUACUAAACUCGAAGUGAGAGAUUCUCAAGGAAAAACUGUGGUCAAAGGAUACGGAGAGAUAUUUUUAGGUGGAGAGUACAGAGUGUGUCUCCUAGGUGACGAGACAAGCCCCGCCCACUCGGUAUUGAGGCCGACGGGGGACAGAGGAUGGGUGAGUGGAGAGGGAGACGUCUUCUUCCUGGGUCGGCUUGACAGGCAGAUGAAACGGUGGGGACAUCGUGUCUCACUGGAACAUGUAGAACAGUGUAUUGCGUCGCAGGACUCUGUCAGAGAUUGUGCUGCAGCUACUGUCAGUGACGCACAGACCCUCUGUAAACUGUUCCCCGUGGCCCGGCAGGUCAACCAACUCAGACUGGCCGUGUUUGCCGUCCCCCACACUCUACCUUCCACUGGUCUACAGUCUUCACAGUGGGCAGAGAGACUGAUGACGUGUCUGGCUCAACGUCUGCCUGGUCACGUGGUACCUGACAUCAUAGUCCCAGUUCACCAUCUUCCCUUUAACAAACAUGGGAAGGUUGAUAUACAGCGUCUCCUGCGACUUGAGGACGACUCUUCCCUCUACCUCACUCCACUGUCUGCUCAACACCAUCACCACCAGCCACACAGCUCUGCUCCAUUCAACGACGUACAGGCAGUUCAAGAUGCCCUACUGUCACUGGUGAACUCUCUCACGCGUAUCUCACACUGGCCGCAGGACUCCACUCUUUUCGACGUCGGUGCAACUUCUUUCGACGUCGUUAGAAUAGCAGACACCUGGGAAGGAAAAUUUGGAAAAAUCUCAACUCUGUCUUCACUGACUGAACUCUUAUUGUCCAAGACAUUCAGAGAAGUAGCCGACUUAUUGUGGAAGGCAUUCACUGACUCGACUGGCUUUGAACUAUGGGAGAGAGAGAUCGAUCAGGAGCCACUGCAGAAGAGAGCAAGGAAGGAAAGCUUGGAGAAUUUCUCACGGAUAGAGGCAGCCGCGCCUUCUUGCAUUGGCACUACUAUCAAGGCUUGGAGAAGGGGAAAGGUGUACAUCGAUGGAGAGCCAGCUUUUACCAGUGUUUGUAGAGGACGUGGAGAUACAGAGGAGGUGUCUGAGGUGGCAAUGACGAUCAAAUGGAUGUACGACACAGGACGGUGUGUGGACGCCUCCCCUCUCGUAGCUAUGGGAGACCAGGCCCCGCCUACUGUUUACAUUGGGUCUCAUUCUGGUAUGUUUGUGGCUCUCUGCGUGCUCUCGGGGAGAUGCCUGUGGGAAGUGCAACUCAGUGACCGGAUCGAGUCAUCAGCUUGCCUCUUACUACUGAACGGCACGCACGUCGUUGUAGGGUGUUACGAUGGGUACAUCUACUGCUUGAGGGCAGAGAGUGGAGAAGUGAAGUGGAGUCUUCAGCUGAGCCGUGAGCCUGUCAAGAGCUCUCCAUGUGUCGAUACGACCACUGGACUAGUAUGGGUGUGUUCGCACGACCAACACCUCUACGCCAUUCACGGGGAGAGAGGGAGAAUGGUGCAUAGAGUGUUCCUUGGUGGAGGUUCGUGUUUUUCCUCCCCGUGUCUUGACCUUCACAGAGGACUGGUAUAUGCUGCAACACUACGGGGCAAUGUAGUAGCUGUCAACAAGGGAAAUGGCAGUGUUCUGUGGAGCUACGAAGGCGGAGGGAAGCCAUUUUUCUCCAGUCCGUGUCUUCUCCCCUGUGGAGAACUAGCCAUAGGAAGUGUGGACGGGAGUCUCCAUGUUGUCAAUAGCUCAGGGACAAUGGCGAGAGUGCUAAGGACGGGGGACUCUGUUUUUUCCUCGCCCACUGUGGCAGUGUUGAGCAAUGAUGUGAAGGUAGCACUGAGCGUGGAGGAACACCAGGCGAAGAUUGAGGAUAUGGGGGAGGAGGUAGGGAAGGAGAGUGGUGGGUGUGGGGCAAAGGAGUUCACUCAAGACGGUGGCUCUGGGUCGAAGGAAAACGAGGCUAGUCACCCAAACAGCGAAGGAGACACUCUGACUGACGAUGAAGAUUUCACCGGUAAGGUCCCUGUGACUUUCUUUGCCACCACAACUCUCAGCUGUGCAGUGUGGAAGGAUGACGACAGGCAGAAGAGUUCACAGAUCAUCGUCAACAAGAUGAUUGUUUACGUGAGCGACAUUUGCGACUGCGACUUUGACAGCACCUACGUCUCCGAUAACACGUGGGAUUGUGACACCCACGCGGGGACCCUGAUUGUCAGCGCCAAUCUCUCGCUACCGUUCAACCACCAGCGCUCGCAGCUGGUGGUCUACCUAGAGAACUGGGUCAAGACGGAGCCUCGUUUCACCAAGACGCUGGACCGAGGUGCCAGGGCCACAGUUAGAGUGGUUAACCUCGAGACCACUCACCCCCCCUACUUCCCCACCUCGGAGGGGUCAGGGGGAGACGACGGUAAGGAGGGAGGAGAGGUGAAGCCGGAAGAAGAAACGCCCAAAGUGGUUAACGAACAGGAGAGAGAUUCGGACGGUGGGGAGGGAGGGAGUGGUUCCGGUGCAAACGGAAAUGUCCUCGGCUCCUCCCUCCCCGUUGCCAUGGAUAUUGGCACACUUUUCCUCUCAUGUGUAACAGGGCUGGCGAUUCGACUCUUGAUGAAUUAUUCAUGAGCUGGUCGGUCAAAUCUUUUACCACAUCUCCUGCAGGUCAAAUGUAUGGAACAGCCACCACUGUCAAUAUCAAAAUACUGUGUUUUAAUAUCACUUCAUGUUCCCCCAUAUCAAGUGCCGUCUUUUCUCUGAACUAAGCAUCAUCCAGCAUCCCCUCUCUUCUCUCCUUAUUGUAAAACUUUACAUUGAUUGAGGGCACGAUAUAUACAGCUCUCUAUUAUUGUGGCUGAUUAUAUCCAAUAUACUUGCAUCAGUUACAUGUAAGAAUCAUACUGAACUACGUGAAUUAUUAUUGUCUGUGUAUUUUUUCAAUUUUUAAUUGACCACUGAAUAAUUAUUUUGUAUAACCAAACAUAUUUCAUCACACAUGAUAACUUAGCCACAAAUGAAACUACAGUCAUAUUAUGCAUGUGGUGUUAUCCUGGAGGGAAAUUUCUUAGAGGAGCCAAUCAGUCUAUGCUAUUCUGCAC